ACUCCAACAAAGAUUUACUGAACAACAACAGCAGAUCCGCGAGUAAAACAGCUCGAGAUCACUUCAGAGGUUUUGAUGUUUUAAACAGAUGAACUGAAAGUGAAGAGAUGGGCAGAAAGAGACAGGAGGAAGAGCAAAACAGCUCCGAGUAUGGUGAACCGGCUCAAUAUGACCCCACAUUUAAUGGCCCCAUUCACAAAAGGAGUUGUACAGACAUCAUAUGUUGUGUUCUGUUCAUGCUGGUCAUCGCCGGUUACAUGGUGGUAGGAAUUCUCGCCUGGCUGUAUGGAGAUCCUCGGCAUGUGCUGUAUCCCAGAAACUCCACGGGAAUGUUCUGUGGGCUCGGAGUGAACAAAGAUAAGCCUAAUGUCCUAUAUUUUGACAUCCUCAAGUGUGCCACAGCGACAAACAUCAUGGCCGCAGCUCUACAGGGACUCCAGUGUCCAACCACACAGGUUUGUGUGAAGUCGUGUCCGUCUGAGUUCUGGAUGUUGUCUCCAAGCGCCUAUUUACCGGGUGCAAACCCAGCGGAUUAUUUCAAACAGGAAUUCUGUGUUCCAUCAUUUCAACUGCAAGGCACAAAAUAUAAAGCUGUAGAUAUCAUAAAUAAAGAGUUGUGUCCAUUUUUCUUCACACCAACAACUUCUGUGUUGGGAAGAUGUUUGCCCAGUUUUGGAGGAAAUGCGUUUAAUCCGAGUAACAUUCCCUCAAACUUCAGCUUUCCAGGCACAAGUGUGAAUCAGACUGUGACCGCCAUCAUGAACGCGACUGGUGACCUGGCAAACGGUUUUAACGCCAAAGAUGUCGGCUUGAGGAUCUUUGAGGACUUUGCGAAAUCUUGGCAGUGGAUCGUAGCUGGUCUGGUCAUUGCAAUGGUGGUGAGCGUUCUCUUCCUGCUGUUGUUGCGCUUCACGGCGCCCAUCCUGGUGUGGGUGCUCAUCGUCGGGGUUUUGGUGGUGGGCGCUUUUGGGAUCUGGUACUGUUAUAAUGAAUAUCAGUCGCUGGCUAACUCGAACCUGACCUUCAGUAAUGUGGGUUUCACCUCUAAUGUUAAAGUCUAUCUGCAGGUGCGAGACACCUGGCUGGCAUUCUUGAUUAUUCUGUGUAUUGUCGAAGCAAUUCUGCUGUUGGCGUUAAUCUUCUUGAGGACUCGUAUUCUCAUUGCCAUCGCACUUAUUCAAGAGACCAGCAAAGCGUUGGGUCACAUGAUGUCGACGCUUUUCUACCCCGUCAUCACAUUUGUGCUGUUGUUGGUGUGUGUGUCGUACUGGGGCAUUACAGCAUUAUAUCUGGCUACGUCAGGUGGGCCCGUGUACAAGGUUGUGGCACUAAACGCCAGUGAGGGUGACUGCACCACCAUAGGCGCCAAUGAGACCUGCAACCCUGAGAUGUUUAACAGCACUCGGUACCCCACGUGUCCAUCUGCUCGCUGUGUGUUUAUUAAUUAUAACACAGAGGGUCUGUUCCAGAAGAAUCUCUUUAACCUGCAGAUCUAUAACGUGGUGGCGUUCCUGUGGUGUGCUAAUUUCGUCAUUGCUCUGGGUCACUGUACACUGGCCGGAGCCUUUGGAUCGUAUUACUGGGCCUUCAGUAAACCUGCAGAUAUCCCAACAUUCCCUCUGAUACAGUCCUUCAUGAGAGCCCUACGGUAUCACGUGGGGUCACUGGCGUUUGGCGCUCUGAUUCUCACGCUGGUUCAGCUCGUCAGGAUCAUUCUGGAGUAUCUGGACCACAAGUUUAGAGAUGUUCAGAACCCGUGCACGCGGUUCAUCAUGUGUUGUCUCAAAUGCUGUUUCUGGUGUCUGGAGAAGUUCAUCAAGUUUAUCAACAGAAACGCUUACAUCAUGAUUGCCAUAUACGGGAAAAACUUCUGUGUGUCGGCUAAGAAUGCUUUCUCCCUGCUCAUGAGGAAUAUUGUGAGAGUUGUGGUGCUGGAUAAAGUGACGGAUCUUCUGCUGUUCUUCGGGAAGCUGCUGGUUGUUGGUGGAGUUGGCGUGCUGGCUUUCUUCUUCUUCUCCGGCAGAAUUGAGGCUCCAGGAACCACGUUUGAAACCGCCGCUCUUAACUACUACUGGAUGCCCAUCAUAACUGUUGUAUUUGGUGCGUACCUCAUUGCUCACGGAUUCUUCAGUGUUUAUAACAUGGGCGUUGACACACUCUUCCUGUGUUUCUUGGAGGAUCUGGAGCGGAACGACGGCAGUCCACAGAAACCAUAUUUCAUGUCCAAAAACCUGAUGAAGAUCUUGAACAAGAAAAACAAACAGCCAAAGACAGGCUGAAGAUGAUGAUGAUGAAAGUCUUCACACUCUCAAGCACAGUCACUUUAAACUCAACAUACAGAUCACAGCAAAUCCAUGAUCAGAUGCUUUUAAAAUCAGUUUUAUUCUCCAUUUUAUUUUCUAUCAAAGCAAAUGUUCACAACUUCAUGUCAUAGAGUUUUAUUAAGCGCUCCUGUUCUACCUGCUCCGUACGGGACUCGAACUGGCGUCUCCGGCAUGGGAGGCGGGUGCGCUAACAAGGAGGCUAAAGGCUACAGCCUCUAGUGUCAGUCGCUAGUGCACCUCUUGAGGUCAGGAGAGUGAGGUUUAUACACAUUACACAGCUAUCAAUCAGCUGGCUCCCGUUACACUCACCCCCCUAAACCUCACUCCCAUCCGGGUCACGGCACCAUUGUGACACUCCUGUUCUACUCGCUCCAUACAGGACUCAAACCGGCGUCUCUGGCAUGGGAGGCGGGUGCGCUAACAAGGAGGCUGAAGCCUCUAGCGUCAGUCGCUAGUGCACCUCGAGGUCAGGAGAGUGAGGUUUAUACAAUCAGUUUAUAUCAAUCAGCUGGCUCCCGUUACACUCACCCCCCUAAACCUCACUCCCAUCCGGGUCACGGCACCAUUGUGACACUCCUGUUCUACCCGCUCCAUACGGGACUCAAACCGGCGUCUCUGGCAUGGGAGGCGGGUGCGCUAACAAGGAGGCUGAAGCCUCUAGCGUCAGUCGCUAGUGCACCUCGAGGUCAGGAGAGUGAGGUUUAUACAAUCAGUUUAUAUCAAUCAGCUGGCUCCCGUUACACUCACCCCCCUAAACCUCACUCCCAUCCGGGUCACGGCACCAUUGUGACACUCCUGUUCUACUUGCUCCGUACGGGACUCAAACCGGCAUCUCCGGCAUGGGAGGCGGGUGCGCUAACAAGGAGGCUAAAGGCUACAGCCUCUAGCGUCAGUCGCUAGUGCACCUCUUGAGGUCAGGAGAGUGAGGUUUAUACAUAUUCACAGCUAUCUAUCAGCUGGCUCCCAUUAUACCAGCAAUAAACAAUCAGAUGCACGGGGUCCGGGCGGGACCCAAAAUUAUGUCUUUAGACCCUGUUGUCCAUUGAACAUCGGUCUUUACUUCAUUCACAUUUAUUUAUCUUAUUUUAUCUUACUUGAACAAACAGCACGAAAGUGGUGUGUGAUAUUUGGUACUUUCAUUUGCUAAAACAUUAAAUUGCACCAAGUGAUCUUUUUUUAAUACACUGUAUAAAGAUUAUCUGUACAUAUUUUAUUGCCACAUUUUUUGAGUACAUUUUAGGAGAAACUGUUUAAAAAAAAAUAAAAAAUAAAAAAAUCACU